AUGGAUAAAUGGAACCAAACUUCAGAUGAUUUUAUUUUGUUGGGGCUGUUUCCCCCUAAUCAAGCUGGCCAACUUGUCUUGGUGGUGAUCAUCUUCAUAUUCUGCCUGGCUUCCAUGGGUAACUUGGCGAUGAUUCAUCUCAUCUGUGUGGACAUCCAGCUGCACACGCCCAUGUACCUUCUCCUCAGCCAGCUCUCCCUCAUGGACCUGAUAUACAUCUCCAGCACUGUCCCAAACAUGGCCUUCAAUUUCUUUUCUGGCCAGAAACGCAUCUCCUUGUUGGGGUGUGGGGUACAGAGUUUCUUCUUCCUGACCAUGGCUUGCUCUGAAGGGUUACUCCUGGCUUCCAUGGCUUAUGACAGAUUCAUGGCCAUCUGCCACCCACUGCAUUACCCUGUCCGCAUGAACAGAUGGAUGUGUGCAAAGAUGAUCAUAGGAUCUUGGACACUGGGUUCCAUCAACUCCCUGGCGCACACAGUCUAUGCCCUUCAUCUCCCCUAUUGCAGGUCCAGGGCCAUCAAUCAUUUCUUCUGUGAUGUUCCCGCCAUGUUGCCACUGGCCUGCGUGGACACUUGGGUCUAUGAGUACAUGGUUUUUGUAAGCACUAUCCUGUUCCUCCUCCUCCCUUUCCUCGGCAUCACUGCUUCAUAUGGACGGGUCCUCUUUGCAGUCUUCCACAUGCGCUCCAAAGAGGGAAGGAAAAAGGCCUUUACCACCUGCUCCACACACCUGACGGUGGUGACUUUGUACUAUGCUCCCUUUGUCUACACUUACCUUCGGCCCAGGGGUCUCCGCUCCCCAGCAGAAGACAAGAUCCUGGCUGUCUUCUACACUAUCCUCACGCCAAUGCUGAAUCCCUUCAUCUACAGCCUGCGCAACAGGGAAGUCCUAGGAGCCAUGGAAAGAGUGUUUGGUGUGUUCUCUUCCAAGAAGAAAUGA